UCGGAUGCUCUGAUAUCUUCUUCUCUAUACUUACGACCCUGUCACAUCUCAACCACCAGCAAAGAUGCUCAUCCUCACUUUCGCCCUCGGCGUCCUAUCCCUGGCAUCUGCAGCCCUAGCCAGCCCCUGGGUCACCAAUUCAGGUCCAACCACACCAUUCGAAGCCCUCAUAUCCGCCGAAUACAAGACCGCCUGGCUCAUCGACAGCCAAAACUACACCGCCUUAGGCGAAGUCUUCACCGACGACAUCAUCUACGACAGCACCGACCUCGGAGCCUACGGUGGCAGAGCCGAAGGUCUCGAGGCCGCCGCUUCUGCCCUCAGAGCUUUGGGCAAUGGAGCCAGGGUUUCUCAUCUCGUUACCAAUACUCUGGUGCUUGAUGCGAUUACACCCAAGAAGUGGAGAGUGCUGACAUACAUUACCUGGUCCCGUUGGGUUGAUGGUGCUCUUGACGAUAUCACAAAGACUUGGCGUAUUUUCUACAGGUGCGAUGAUAUUUGGGUGAUCCAGGAUGGUGUGUGGAAGUUGCAGUAUAGUAAGGUGUUGAACAUGGGCUAUGGAGCGGAAGCCCCGUACUAUGGCGAGAAGAAUUGACGUUGGAAUCGAAGUGCCUAGUUUUCGGGCUUGAAUUGUUGGUAGGCAUCAUCGACAUGAACUGUUUUUUAUGAAUCAUCCUGCU